AUGGUGAGAAACUACCGUUUUGCGAUAUUUGCUUUUGCGGCUAUCAUGCUGCUUGUGCUGAUCAGAUCUUCAACGCCUCUCAAAUCUGCUGCUGAUAUCGCCAAAGUUGUUUCUCCAACUGCUAAUAGGCCUGAAGUCCCACAGGAUUUUACCACUCUGCCAAUUGAUGACAAGCCAGGAUACAUUGAUGACGAAAAGACCGACAAAGGAAACCCUGGCGUUGCGGAGGCUGUGAAGGAUCAGUCUUCUGCAGGCAAGCCAGCGUCCUCGAAAGAUUAUUCGACCGGGAAGAAGUGUGACAAGGAUCACCAGUAUGUUUUGAUGAUAGACGCAGGCUCUUCAGGGUCACGUAUCCAUGUUUACGAGUUCGAUGUCUGUACACAACCUCCUACUUUGAUCGAAGAGACCUUCAAGAUGUUAGAGCCUGGCCUUUCAUCUUAUGACACAGAUGCUGUAGGGGCUGCCAAGUCUUUGGAUCCAUUGUUGGAGCGUGCCCUGGAGGUUGUUCCAAAGGACAAGAGGAAAUGCUCGCCCGUUGCUGUGAAAGCCACCGCAGGUCUGAGAUUGCUAGGUAAUGCCAAAUCUGAAAAAAUCCUCGCCGCGGUGAGAAGCCAUCUGGAAGAAGACUACCCAUUCCCCGUUGUGAAAAAGGACGGUGUCUCCAUUAUGGGUGGUGACGAGGAAGGUGUUUACGCAUGGAUUACCACGAAUUACUUACUCGGAAACAUUGGCGCCGGAUCCAAGAUUCCUACUACUGCUGUCUUCGAUCUCGGUGGUGGCUCCACACAGAUCGUCUUUGAACCCUCCUUUGCUCCUAACGAAAAGAUGGUCGACGGCGAACAUAAGUAUGAGCUAACUUUUGGUGGGCAGAAAUACACCCUGUACCAAUUUUCACACCUCGGUUACGGUCUCAACGAGGGCAGAAACAAGAUAAACGCAUUAUUGGUCGAAACGGCCAUAGCCGACGGAUCUAUCACAAAGGGUGAUACCAAAACCACCCACAAGCUGACAUCCCCAUGCCUUCCUCCUGAAAUUGUUGCUCCAAAGCAAGUGGUAACCUUGGAGGAUGGCACGAAAUAUACUGUUGAUUUCAAGGGCCCAGUGCAACCAGCGGGCCCUCAAUGCAGGUACUUGGCAGACAAGAUUCUCAACAAGCAUGCAAAAUGUUCUCAGCCGCCCUGCUCCUUCAAUGGUGUCCAUCAGCCUUCAUUGGUGACAACCUUCAAGGAAAGAAACGACAUCUACGCCUUCUCUUACUUUUACGAUAGGACACAGCCACUCGGUCUUCCGCUAUCCUUUAAACUUGAUGAAUUAGUCGACUUGGCUAGGAUGGUCUGCAACGGCGAAGACGUCUGGAAAAGUGUUUUCAGCGGCAUUGAAGGUUCGAUAGCUGAGUUGAAAAAAGAUCCAAAAUGGUGCAUUGAUUUGUCAUACCAGGUCUCGCUUUUGCAUACUGGUUACGAUAUCCCGCUGUAUAGAGAGUUGAAAACCGCGAAAACUAUCGCUGAUAGAGAGCUCGGCUGGUGCUUAGGUGCCUCUUUACCGUUGAUUGAACGUGAGAACUGGAACUGCAGAGUCGAUCAAGUCGAAUAG